GGGGCUGGGCCGGGGCCGGGCGCUGGGGGGGGCCGGGGCAGGAGCUGGAGCCGGAGCUGGAGGAGGGCGAAACCCGAGUGGCCGGGGGCGGCCACGGUGAUGAGCCCGGCCUGGCGGACGCGGCGCCAUCGCAGUCAGAAGGAAAAGGCCAGGCUGAAGGACCUUGCUGAGCCAUUACCCUGCUCCAUGUUGGCUAUGUUCUCAGGCUGGCACCAUGCCACCCCCUGCAGAGGUGACCGACCCGACCCAUGCCCCUGCUGUCCUGCAUCAGCUCAAUGAACAGCGGCUGCGCGGUCUCUUCUGCGAUGUCACCCUCAUAGCUGGAGACACCAAGUUCCCUGCUCACCGCAGCGUCCUGGCUGCCUCUAGUCCCUUCUUCAGAGAGGCCCUGCUAGCUUCGGCGCCCCUGCCCCUCCCACCGGUUCCUGGUGGCUCGGCUCCCAGCCCUGCAUCCACCGCAGCUGCCUCUUCCUCCUCCUCCUCCUCCCCGUCUCCAGCCUCUCCUCACUCCUCAUCCCCUCCGCGGGUCCUAGAGCUGCCCGGGGUCCCAGCUGCUGCCUUCUCCGAUGUCCUCAACUUCAUCUAUAGUGCCCGGCUUGCACUCCCUGAUGGGGGAGGGGACGGGGCAGCCGUGGCAGAAAUCGGAGCUCUGGGGCGGCGCCUGGGUAUCUCCCGCCUUCAGGGCCUGGGGGAAGGAGGUGAUACUUGGGUACCCCCUGCUCCAACUCCCCUGGCCACCUCACAUCCUGAAGGGCCAGGGCUUAGACCAGAUGGCGAGUGGGUGGGUGACAAGGCUGAGGUCCUGACUCCUGACUCUCAGCCCUCCCGGCGGCCCUUUCCCUGCCCUCGAUGUGGAAAAAGCUUCAUCCAUCCCAAGAGGCUGCAGACACACGAGGCCCAGUGUCGGCGGGGGUCCAGCACUCGGGGGUCUGCAGGCCUGGGAGCUGGGAGCUCUGGCCCCGGGGGUCCUGCAGGAGUGGAUGCAUUUUCAAGCUGUACAGUAACCCUUUCUCUAAACAACAGCAGCAACCAAACCAAUGAAACCCGCCCCAGCACUCCUUCAAACACUGUGAAGCUAAACAUGGUGGCCAGGGCCUGUAAUCCCAAGCUUGGGAGACAGUGGCAAGAAGAUCGAGAUUUCAAGAUUCCACAGAGUACACAGUGA